AUGGCUGAUUCAGAUGAAAAUAUGAGGAUCCUAGAAUUCGUUAUAGGAUUCGUAGUAUCAGUACUAGCCUCAAUAAUGUACGCAGCAGGUUUAAAUCUGUUAAAAGCGGAUCAUGUAAAAAAUUCAGCAUUACCCAAAGAAAAGCAACGAGUUGAUUGUUGUAGGCCACUAUGGCAUUUAGGUUUAUACUUAUAUAUUGUAAGUCAGGCCGUUGGAAGUACAAUAGCAUUAAAUUAUUUGAAGACUCAGUGGGUUGCGCCACUUGGAUCUGUAUCGUUGAUAUUUAAUUGUAUUUUUGCAAAAAUGCUUGUCGGGACGGAAAUCACACGACGACAUAUUAUAGGAACGAUCAUUGUUCUAAUUUCAGUAUGUUGGGUUGUUUUCUUUGGAGGUCAAAAUAACAGUCAUGUUGAAUCAUCAUUAACAUUAAGAUCAUUAGAAUCAUUAAUAACACAAAAAUCAUUCAUCAUAUAUUUUUCAAUACUGAAUAUUUUAUCAAUAUUAUUAUUUUUAAUUGGAGGAAUAUAUUUCGAUUUGAUAUUAUUAAAUGAGAAACGUAAAGAAAGUAUGAGAUAUUUUAAAAGUAUUGAAACGGCUCGUCUAAAGACAUAUUGCGGUAUGAUUAUGGCCACGGUCGCUGGUUUAUAUGCUAGUCAAACUCUCCUCUUGGCAAAGUCCGGGUGA